CUCGCUGACACGUUCACCGGCUUGCUUCGACCACACCUGAAUAUCCGAGCUUUCACAUCCAGCGCCGCGGGGGUCUUCGUGGCUCUUUUACGCCCGAGUUUCUCUUCGACAUGCCUCGCUUCUGGCCAUUCACAAGCUCAUGCAGUUCUUGCGGGGCUCUCACGUCUGUCGACCAACGUGCCAUUUUCUUAAGAGUCCCGGGGCAUUCGCGGACACAGCUCACAUGUGCAGAACCCUGCUCUCCAUGUGCAUCAGUUGUGGCGGCAUUCGACCGAGGAGGAUUCCCGGUGUGUGAAUCACGGAUGAUUUGCCUAAAUCUGCCUAUUGAUAGGGCUACCGGCGCUCGACUUCUCCCGCACGAAGCAUGCCUUACCGUGAGUGUGGGGGUUCGGGAUGCAGGCGAUGAACGUUGGUAUCUUUCGCUGAAACGAUGGAGCGAUGGACAACGAGAACAGGCCUCGAGCGUUCCUUCGCACUCCUGACUACCCUCGGCGUUGGAAUGUAUGUUGAGGCGUUUGAACAUGACCCGCCCGGCGCCCGCCAGAUUGGUCCCGAUGACCCGGCAGGAGCCAGUAGAAACGCAGAUUACGUGAGGCUCUGAGAGCGUCUCCGGCACUCCAAAGGCUGGCAUGUCCCGUCUGCGCUCCGUGCUCCCGUCUUUCAUAUCCUCACCGUCUUCGCCCUGGUCCUGUACGCUCGGCUUCCCCAUCUCGUCCCCUGAGCGACCUCAUCCUCGACCCCAGUCUAGCCGGUAUCUACUUCUAUGUCUGACGGCUCCACCUCCGCACCAUCCGUCCGUUUGCCCCAUCGCAGGGGCUCCGAUACCCUGGCGAGCAACAAGCCCCCAGUCUGGUCGAUCAACCACUCUGCGUGCCCACAGCCUGCACCCCUCCCCGCAAAGUGCGACAGACACGAACCUCAGCGGUCUGGAGUGUGCUGCAAAGAAUUGAGAGGAGACGACGAGCGUACGCUCGUUGACCCUGACGUAGUUCGCGAUGUUGUAAUCGGCCUCUCCGAUGGCCUCACAGUCCCCUUCGCACUCACCGCGGGCCUCUCCUCGCUAGGCGAGUCCAAGCUCGUCAUCCUCGGCGGCAUCGCAGAGCUCAUUGCGGGCGCAAUCUCCAUGGGCAUCGGCGGCUUCCUCGCGUCCCAGGCCGAGCGCGACCACUACCGCUACCAGCAAAAGGCCACUGCCGCGCGGGUCUGGCGCUCCUGCGACGGCGAGAUGGAGCGCGAAGUUCACGCCGUCCUCGGGCCCGUCGGCAUCGACGAGAAAACUUCCAGGCAGGUCGCGGCCGCGCUGCGCGAAAUCGAGUUCGGCCCGGAGAGCGGCAGCAGCAGCCACAGUCACCGCACGAGCGGGGGGAGCGACGCGACGGUCGUCGCGGAGGAGGGCGGGCAGCAGCUGCGGUGGGCGAAGGACGUCGGCCUGACGGCGUUCCUGCUCAAGUUCGGCGAGGGCAUCGAGGAGGUGCCCGUUUCUCGGAUGUACGCGUCCGCGUUCACGAUCGGCAUGGGGUACCUCGUCGGCGGCCUCAUCCCGCUCCUGCCGUACUUCUUCCAGCCCGUCGCGCACAUCGCGCUGAUCUGGUCGUGCGUUGUGACGGGUGUGGUGCUGCUCAUAUUCGGGGCCGUCAAGGCUCGCGUUACUGGCGCUGCGGGGCAGGGUGCGAGCGGCUACGUUUGGGGCGCGUUCAGUACGUUGCUCGUCGGCGGUGCUGCUGCCGCUGCCGCGUAUGGCAUCGUUGCUGCGCUUGAGCAUUAGGACGGACUACCUUGUGUUUCCGUAUGCCACUCGUAUCAUAAAGCUUCUCUUCGCAUCGUGUAGGUUAGAUGCUGUGGUUUAGUAGUUCUUGGACGCGAGACUUACUCUGUCUAUAAUGCAAUGAGUU